AUUUGAGCAAUUGUUCAGUUUCUUAAAAGUUAGUGCAAAAAUAGGAGAAAUGAUGGCUCGAUUAAGCUACAUCGUGCUUAUCGGAAUUGCACUGAUGUGCGUUCUGGCGGAAGAACUUUACUCCGAUCGAUUCGACAAUAUUGACGUCUCAAGUAUCCUUUAAAAUAACAAAUUGCGAGAAGAAUAUUACAAUUGUUAUAUGGAAAAGAGCCCAUGCCCGACAGAAGACGCGAAAUUCUUUCAAGGAGUUAUGAGUGAAAUUAUCCAAACUAAUUGUAAAAAAUGUACUGAAAAACAAAAAGAAAUGUUUACUGAGACGAAGAAUUGGUUUACACAAAAUAAACCUGAACAAUGGGAAGCUCUUGUCGCAAAAUCUGCUGAGGAUAUGAAAAAGAAGAAUGCUGGUUUAUCGGAAGAAUUAUAUUCAGAUAAAUAUGACAACAUUGAUCUCACAAGUAUCCUUCAAAACGAUAAAUUACGAAUUGAAUAUUUCAAUUGUUAUUUGCAAAAGGAGUUAUGUCUGACAGAAGAUGCGAAGUUCUUUCGAGGAAUUGCGAAUGAAUCUAUCCAAACCAAAUGUAAGAAAUGUACUGAAAAACAAAAGGAACUACUACUUAUGCUGCAGAAUUGGUUUGUAGAAAAUGAACCUGAACAAUGGGAAAUGAUACUUGCAAAGGCUAGUGAGGAUACGAAAAAAAAGAAUGCUAUUAAUGUGAAAACAGAAGAAACGAUGGCUCGAUUAAACUACGUCGUGACGAUCAUUGUUAUUACACUGAUUUGUGUUUUAGCGCAAGAAUUGUACUCCGAUCGGUAUGACAAAGUUAACGCAGAAAAUAUUCUUCAAAAUAAUAGAUUGCGAGAUCAAUACUAUAAUUGUUUUAUGGAAAAGGCGCCAUGCAUAACGGCAGAUGCAAAAUUCUUUAAAGAGAUUAUUGUAGAAGCUUUUCGAUCUAAAUGUGAGAAAUGUACCGAAAGACAAAAAGAAAUGAUGAAUUUAAUACAGGAUUGGUAUAAAAAAAAUAAACCUGAACAAUGGAAGGCUUUUGUCACAAAGUAUCAACAAGAAAAACGCUGAAAUAACUAACAAGGAAAGUACGGAAAGAACCAAAAAUAUUAAUUGUUUAAAUAAAAUAUUAUUGUUUACAACAUUAUUAAUUUUUUUAUAUUUCGAAAGAUCUCUUCAAAAAAGAGAAAAAUUUCCGAAUACUAUCAUUAUAUAGCAUAAUCAAUUUUUGUAUUACGUUAUGAAAUAAAAUGUAAAAGUACAA